CAAUUAAAGUUAAUAUCCAUGAUAUAUGAAUAAAAGUUGCCGGAGUAAAAGAUUCCACAUCCACUCGGUUCCUAUUGUAAUUACACACUGGCUGGAAUCUUUCGAGUUGAGAGGCGCAUGCGUGAUCAUUAAACAUGGCGUCCACCUUUAGCAGAAAUAUUUUUAGGCUUAGCAGAAGUUUUACUCAAAAAAGAACAUUUUCAAAUAGUGGCUCAUUUUCAAAAAGUUUUAAAUACAGAUCUUCUAUUGCUGGUUUAUCAACUGCGUGUAUUUUAUCGUUGAGUGCAUUUUACGUGAACCGAAAUGGGAUAUUACAUGUUGUUUAUGCUGAAGGAGGGGAGGAGGGGAGAGGGAAGCAUUCCCCUACGUACAGGGAGCUGAGGUUUUUACAGUUUGCCUCUGUGGAAUACAAAGGAAUCACAUACAUGACACCACAAGACUUCCUGGAGUCUGUAACAGAGGAAAUGCCACGACCAAGGAUAGGAAGAGCCACCUUAACAGAGGGUGAAGUUGAGAGUUGGUUGAAGCGUACCCCUAACAGACGUUAUGGCAGUACCAAGCUAUUUCGCAAUCUUCAUGACAAAGGUCUCAUCUCCUAUACUGAGUACUUGUUCCUGCUAUGUGUCCUUACAAAGUCCAAGUCAGGUUUCCGGAUAGCUUUUAAUAUGUUUGAUACUGAUGGAAACCAGAUUGUGGAUAAGAAAGAAUUCCUAGUGUUGGAAACCUUCUUCACUCUUCCCCCUCAGGAAAGAAAAUUUGUCCCCAGAGAGCAGACAAAAUUACAAGCCUUACUUGAUCUUGAAAAAGUUUUCAGUAAGAAAGAAGAUGAACCCAAAAGUGACAACCCAGUUAGCAAGUCCGUGGAACCAGUUCAGGACACUACACUUAUGGUCCACUUUUUCGGUUCCAAAGGAAAGGAUGUCCUUAAAUACGAAGAUUUCCACAGAUUUAUGGAGAAUCUUCAGUCUGAGGUCAUAGAAUUGGAGUUCCUGGAAUUCUCUAAGGGUCUGGCCACAAUAUCAGAAGAAGACUUCGCUCGGAUUCUGUUACGCUACACCAUGUUAGACAGAUCAGACAUAGAGCAGUGUAUCACUCGCGUCAAGACGAAGGUCCCAAGUGAAAAGGGCAUUACCUUUGAGGAUUUUAGGAAAUUCUGUGAAUUUUUGAACUCCCUAGAUGACUUCACAAUAGCAAUGAAGAUGUACACAUAUGCAGACCAAGCUGUUUCCAAAGAGGAUUUCCAGCGGGCGGUGUUUGUGUGUACGGGUUCUAACCUGAGUCCCCACCUGGUUGACACCGUGUUUAACAUCUUUGAUGCUGACGGAGAUGGACAUCUCAGUUACAUGGAGUUUAUCUCGAUCAUGAAGGAUCGCCUACACAGGGGAUCCAGGUCCCAUCUAAUGCACACCCAAGACAAGUGGUCAGCAUUCAAAUCCUGUGUGAAGAAUGAAAUGAAGACAUACAGUUAAGAUAGAGAGAAGAUAAAAAAAACAAAUGUUGGGUAUCUGUGAAGUAGAAAAACAGACUAUUCUGUGAAAUAUAAGAACAGACUGUGUAUUGCAUCACUUUUCCUUCUUGAGCCUGCACCAAAUGUGAAGAAAUGCCAUGUUUAUCAAGUUCCUUAUUUCAUUGUUACAUAUCAAAAUCAGUGCAUUAUAGGCCUAGUAGAUUCCCAAGUCUUUAAUAACUUAAUUCAGUUUGUUUAUCUUUUAAUUUAUUUUUCUCUUCAGAUUUAGGAUUAAGUAAAAGACAAAUUUUAUGAUUCAAAUCUGUCAUAGAUUGAAAUGGACUUAUUAGUGUACAUUGUUAUACAGUAACACAGUGUCCUGAAACACGGGGAUUUUUAUUUUUGUUUUCCAAAAGAAUCAUGAAAAGCUAUCAAAUGCAUAAGAACUUUGUAGAUUUCUGUAAAGUGAUUCUCGUUAAGUGUGUGGAUGCAUAUCUUUACCACUAGAUUUUCAAAAUUGUCAUUACUGCUACACACUCAUUACCGCUACAUUUCAAAGUAAACAUUACAGCUACAUCGACUCUUUCGUUAGCCAGCAGCCUAUGCUUGUAGAUGAUGAAAAUUACAACUUAUACAUGCAUAAGACCUAUACCCCCUGCUAUCCACAGGAGGUGAAAGAAAGACUGAGCAGGAUGUUUUUUUUUUCCUCAAUUUUUAUUUAAAAUCAUAUUUUUCAUAAAAUCUUUCAAAAGUUUUAAAUCUAAACAUUGUUCCUAGAUAAAACAAACAGUUUCAACAUAAUUGGUAGAGCUUUGACGGUCAUUUGCAUGAGGAACUGUUGUCUGGAAAUCUCUAAUAAUGAAUCCUUAUGAAUUGAACUUAUAUUCAGUGGCAUUGCUGACUGAUUUGAUAUGUAGCAGUUAUGUCUUGUAAUUGGCAAUAUAGUCUUAUUGAUAAAAUGUAGCAGAAAUGAUCACCCGAAAUUUCGAAGAAAUGUAGUGGUAACAGGUUAAAAUUUUUCGCAAUAUAGCAGUAAUGUUGACCUCCUAAGUGUGUGUAUAGAAAGUCACUGCCCUGUUUCUCUGUGAUAAUGUUUCUACUUUUUCCUUUCCAGUGAGGGAGACAUGUUUUGUUGAGUUUAGAAUGAUUUAUUAUCACUGUUUGAUUGUGUAUAACUUGAGGGCCUGAGAUUGUCCCCCUUACCAAAUUGUUCACUUUGAUGCAUAUUUCUUUUGUCCUACAAAUAUUUAUUUCUCAAGCGAAUAAUUUUGCUCUAUUUAUAUAUUGUUAAUUUAUUCAAUAAAUUCUCCAUAUUAUGAAAAACA